GAACUUGGGAGGCAGAGAAUAGAUGGGGGCGGGCCCGGCCAGUCAGAGGUGGGUAUUUACCGAUUCUCUGAACUACCCCAACAUUUCCUCUACUGGAUCUCCAGAACUGGUCAGAAUCUGCUGACACCCACCCAGUCUGAUCCUUCCCGCAGGAGUGGGGAAGAGAGCUAGCAGAAGAAUCUGCUGCUUCUCGUCACUUCCGCCCAAUACACACACACACACACACACACGCAUACAGGCGAUGAAGGCUGGCUGCGGCUUCGAGCCGGGAUCGCCUCUCCGGGACGGUUCGGGCUCUCGCCGGAGGACCCCCUUCGUUUGGGGGCUCCUGUGCCUGGGGCUGUGGUGCUGGCAAGUCUCCGGGAUGGUCACUCCGGAUCAGGUGAAACCUCGUAUCGUCAUGGAGCAAUUGCUCUGGGUCAGUGGCGGCGCAAUCGGGGAGGUAAACACGUUCAGGAUCCCUCUCAUCACAGCGACACCUUACGGCACCCUUCUGGCCUUUUCGGAAGCCAGGAAGACUUCUGCUUCUGACAGUGGAGCUAAAUUCAUAGCCCUUCGCAGAUCAGUAGACAAAGGUGCUAACUGGAGCCCAACUUCGUUCAUAGUUGACGAUGGUUCCCUCGUAGAUGGCCUCAACCUUGGAGCUGUGGUGAUAGAUUGGGAAAAGGACACCGUGUUCUUAAUCUAUACUCUCUGUGCACACUUCCGCGGGUGUACCACUGCCAGCGUCAUGAUCAUUCGCAGCUUGGAUGAUGGUGUCACGUGGAGCCGUCCCCGGAAUCUCUCUGAAGAAGUCGGCACGACCAUGUUUGCCCCUGGACCGGGCUAUGGCAUCCAGAAACGCUACGAGCCCGAGAAGGGACGAUUAAUUGUUUGUGGUCAUGGGACUUUAGAGCUGGAUGGGAUCUCCUGCCUCCUCAGUGAUGACCAUGGCCUGACCUGGUAUUACGGAAGACAGCCCUUGCACGGCAUUCCUUACGGAGGGCAGAAGAAUUUCAGUGACUUUAAUCCUGACGAAUGCCAGCCCUAUGAGCUGCCAGAUGGCUCCGUGGUGGUGAACGCCCGGAAUGAGAAUUUCUACCACUGCCGAUGUCGCAUAGUGGUUCGCAGUUACGACGGUUGCGAUACCCUUCCGUUGGAGAACGUGAGAUUUGAUGAGGGUUUAAUAGAUCCCGCAGUGGCUGCAGGAGCUCUUGUCAAAUCCGGUCUGAUUUUCUUCACCAAUCCAGCUCAUCGUGAGCUGCGGGUCAACCUGACGCUACGCUGGAGUUUCACCAAUGGGUCUUCUUGGUGGAAAGAACCCUUGCUGAUCUGGAGAGGUUCCAGUGGCUAUUCCUCCAUGACCACCCUGGAGGGAAAUUCUCUGCGGGACGACCACUGCCUCUUUGUCAUUUAUGAGAAGGGCGAGGUCGAAUAUACAGAAAGUAUCUCUGUGGCCAAGAUUAGCCUCAACGGGCAGCUCUGAUCCUCCUUUCUGGGGCAUCUUAAACAUUUUCAAAUUUUGUCAUGGGAGGGAAAAGAAAAUGUGUGCUUGGACUGGGGAGAAACCAAACAAACUGGUGUUUUGGGGAUCUAAAGAAUGCAAUUGAAGGACAUGGGUAGAGAGCUUGGGCAUGUCUCAGCAGAAGUCAGGGCGGCUAAAGAGGACCACAUAAUUAUUUUCCAAUUGUGCCCUGCACUUCUCUUUGUGCCUGCCUAAUGGGCAACCCCCCCCCCCCUCCGAACCUCUGUUAUUUCUUUCUGAUUUUCUGAGGUUGAGUCUGUUUUCCUGUGCUUUUUCUCACAUUUAUGAAUGUGCAUAGGUUUAUAGAAAUUGUGCGUAGAUCAGGUAGGGAUGGGCCAGAUCCCUGGAACGAAACACAAAGGCAGACUUUGUGAGGGAUAAAUUUAUGCACUUUCGACUGACUUUCUGAACAAUAAAAUGGAAUCAAGAGCAGAAGAUGUCCACUUGCUGGACCCAAAAAACCCUAAAACGCGCCUGAAGGUUCGCAGGCAGGGUGUGUGGGAGAACAAGCCAGUUUUUCUUCUGCGUUGCCAACAUCUGUGAUUUCAAAUGAAUGUAUUUCAAACCUGUGUCCCCAUUUUUCUGAUGGGACAAGUUGCUUCUAUGGUUUAUAAAAAACGUUGGACUGUGAAUUUUAAGAGCACAAAAGAAAAGAGUGGGGUGGGCAGAGAGGCGAACAAGCAGGGGACAGUUUUGAGGUAAAAAUAUUUAUGGAAGUUCUCAGUCGUCCAGGUUACGGUGGUCCCAAAGGUGCUUUUUUUCAAGAGGCAACAACUGGCCUUUGUUUUUCCUUGAAGACAUUUUGCUUCUCAUCCAAGAAGCUUCUUCAGUUCUGACUGUAGUUCAGAACUGAAGAAGCUUCCUGAAUGAGAAGGAAAAGCCUCUUGAAAAAGCACCUUUGAGUUGUUAAAAAUAUUCUUCACAGAAAUGACCUCUCUGCAUCGGCUACUUCUCUGCUGACGGAUUGCAGGAGUGCAAAAUCCAUGGGCUCUAUUGAGCCCCCCCCUUCAAAAAAAAAAAAAACAACCCUUAGUGUUUACUCCUCCAGUAUCUCAAGAUCAGCAAAAUGGCUGCAUUUUGGUGGCCUGUAUUUUAAGGAUGGAUUGUGGGUGGUUUGUAAUUCAUAGAUUUUGUUCCCAUUUCUACUCUAAAAAUUCCAGCCUUAAGUUUGCCAACCUAAAGCUGCUAAGCUUGAGAAAUGCUGCGGUAACCACUUGGAGUGCUUACCCUGGUUUAUAUUUUAAUGAUGAAUCUUCAUGGAUGUGUUUUUUUUCUUAAUGCCAUAAAGUUGUGGCCCCUUUGGGCUGGAGGAUAAUCUGCACACAUUUUUGCUUCUUUUCAUUCACACACCUCUUUGUGAGUCGAUUUUUUAGAACUUAGGCCUCCAAUUAUCUGACGUUUCUCUAUAAAGUCCAUAUUGUGACUAUGUGUGAAUCAGUUUAGCUGUCUGGGGAAUUAUUUUUCCGCCUUUCCUUUAAUGUGCAAUCUUGUUUGAGGAGGCCAAGUUUUGGGAAAUUGGUUUUUUUAAUUAUUGGUGUGACAGUCGUUUUAUUUUCAACAUUUUUUUUUAAUUAACUGAUUGAUUAUAAAGCAUCAAGUCCUUUUUGAUGUGUUUUUGGGUGUUAGGAGUCGAAAACAACUAGAACAGCAGAUAAUCAGUCAAGCAAUUCCGACACCCUGGUGGGUGGCCAGCUUGGUUCCAGUCUCCAAAUUCUUUUCAUCAUUAAAAAGAAGAUAAGCUGGUAAUUCCUAACACAGAAACACCCAUACAAGAGUCAGAUGCAGUUAAUAAAGCUACAAAGCUUACCUUGAGCUCCAGGCAACAGUCAGGUAGCAUAAUUGACGCCAUGAAGCUAAUUCUUGGAAGAAGAAAUCUGAACUGAGUUCAAGGGCAUGGAUGUACGCUAUAGAUUUUACACCUACUCAUCAGAAGCGUCAUGGAAUAAAGCUUUAGUAGCUGAUAAUUCGAGCAAGGCCUUUUUUUUUUUUUUUGUGAUUUUGAACACAACAGUUUUAACUGAUGGGUGCUGAAAGAAAGAAAGAAAGACAGCAAGCUAUAGGGUGGGAAUGAUCCAGGGCGUGCUAACCUUUAUUUAGUUAUUUAAUGGGCUCUUUUACACAACCACAUCCUAGGAGGGCUCGAGCCACAGCCAAUAAAAGCAAAUCCUUGCAAAAUGUCCUCCAAAGAAACUACAAGACAUAAUAAAUUGUCUUAAGGAAGGAAAACUCAAAAAGGGGAGGGGAAGGAACCGUUAUUUCUACCGUAGCAGUUUUAUUUAUUUAUUUUAAUCUUGAUUUUUAUGUUGUUUGCCUUUUCAAUCUUGAUUUUUAUGAGGAGUGCCUUUAUCCAGACGUUGGAAGUAAACUCUCUUCAGUUACUGGAAGAUUACUAAAUAUGUAAAAUAAAAGAUGAAUGGAAUGAAUGAAAUGUGAUACCUUUUGUUAAAUAAGCAGAGGUUUAUCUCAGAUUUCAGCUUCUUGAGUCAUAACUUAUAUUGUAUAUAUUUGUUUGUGUAUAAACUUCCCCACACCCUUGGAGAAAUUAAUUAAAAGGCUUAGUAUUUAUUUUUUAAAACUAUUUUAUUGCUGACUGGGAGGCCCUUACAGACUUUUUGGUGAAAUGGGAAAAAAAUGAACAUUCCUUAUGGUUUGGAUGAUUAGGAAAGAUAGAUAAUAGAAAGAAGUAAGUUUGUUUUUGUAACCAUAAAGUAUGAGGUAAUUUUGUAUGUGUUCUAAUAAUUGUAAAGAAAAUUGGAAACUACUUUUAUGGUUUUUUCUUUCUUUACUUUUGGAUUGUUCUCUGUUCUCUGUUUUUCCCUUUUUCGUUUUACUUUACAUUAAUAAAAUAACUAAUUAAAAAAUAGCUGUUUAAAAUAACUAAUUAAACAAAAUGUGUAUUUUUAAAA